UCGCAGAUUUUAUUGUGUAAUAGACAGAACUACACGAAAGUUCAUGGCUGCAUUUUUAUUUUCUGAUCACAACUUAAACUAAACUUCAGCGUGAAUGUUAUGCAACAAAAUGUUUGACUGCAUAAGUACUGUGAGUUUCAUGGAGUAAAGUAAACAGCAGUGACAAUUCUUGUGCGAAGGGACUGUGAUUUUCGUUCUGCAGAAGCUAUUAUUGUGUCUGUGAUUCCAUACUUCUUGACUCAUCUUCCAUCAGCUAAGUUGUGGCUACUUGGUUACAACUUCGUUCUUGUAUCAAUCUUGUCACUGAAUAUGAUACUCUACACUGCUGUAAAAACUCUCUAGCUAGCAGUACCUCUGGCACUAGUGACCCCAUGUAGGCCAGAGGACCUCUCCCUUCCUGCCUCACCCUGUAGUGCAGAGGAUUGUGGGAAGUGAUAAUUGGUAACGUAUAUGACAGCAUUCGUGCAGUGCAUUUUAAGUUACUACAGUGCAUGGCAUUUUCAGAAAUAUAUACUCCCCAUGUGUUCACUUCUGGGCUUUCUAGCGACACUACCACUGAUCACAGAGACUGGCUUCGUGAUUCUACAACCACUGUACCAAAUCCGUUAUCAACAAGUGGUUACAUUGGUAGCCAUUUUGCUUGAAACAUUUACAUUUUACUGGCUGUAUGGAACAUCUGUACUCUUUGUUGAUAUCCAGUUCAUGAAGAAAUCACCUCCCAAAGUAAUUUGGAAAGUUUGGUGGAAUAUAACACCAAUAAUUAUUGCAGGUCUUAUUUACUUCCACUGCACUUAUUCCCUUAAUUAUCUGAACCAGCAUCUGUCAAACUAUCAAAUAAGAACAUCAAAUGUCAUGUUGACUUUAACUAUGAUGAUAAUACCUAUUGGGACUCUAGUGCAAGUUGUCAAACACAUCCGAAAAGAGAAGAUGGAAAGUUUGCUAAAGCCAACGUUUACAUGGGGUCCACCUAAUCCACAUCUGCGAGCAGUGCGUAAGAAGUACAAACCAUCAGAAGAGAUUCGCUCGCAACCUUUCACCUAUCAUCAGUGGCGCAUGGAACUUUAUACUGAAGAUAAGAUGUUACAUGAGAAUCCAGAAGAUACACAAACAUAA